UGAAGCACUCAUAGCAACCAAUGGCAUCCAGUGAAGCACAAGGCAACACAAACAAGUGAAGCACUCAUAGCAACCAAUGGCAUCCAGUGAAGCACAAGGCAACACCAACAAGCGUUGCCUGGCUCAGAUAGAGGCUGAGGAACAACGCCUGCUGGCAGUCGAGGCUGCCCGCAUACAAGCUGAAGAGGCAGCUGCAGCAGAGAAACUGCGGCUACAGGCCGAUGCAGAAGUAGAUGCCCAGGCUCGCCGAAAGGAAGCCCAGGAUCUGCUGCAGCGGCAUGAAGCCAACAGCAUCGACAGACUCAAGUACUGGCAUUUUCAACCAAACGGCGACGACGCAACACCGGAAGAAAAGCACAAGGAGUUCCUCUCCAAACUCGUGACGCGGUUGUUGUAUGCUUGCAACUACCAAAGGUCAGAGUUGGAAAGACAGCACCGGGACCUGACGCAACAGCAUCAGGAAUUGGCGACGCUCCGCCGCACAGUGCAGAGCCACGAGGAUGCAACUCGGGCACUCAAUGCCCGAUUGUUGGACCUGGAACAGGCUGUACCAGGACCAGCCGCUGGAGCUUCCACCAGUGCACCCUCAAGCCGCCAACUGGAGGACCGCGUUGACCACGUAGUGGCAAUGCUCGGCGACAUCAGCACCUUCUCUGCGCCGACCACCACCAUCAGCAGUCAGCUGCAUACAUUGAAGACCGAGGUCCAGAAGCUGCAGUCGACGAACGCGGACGACAAUCCGAAGAUGUACAAGAUGCCAACUUUCAACCUGGAGAGGCUCGACGACUACACGCAGCAGGAUCCCGUCCUCUGGUGGGAAGCAUUCACAACGCAACUCAGGAUUCUGCCAGUAGCCAAGCAUGCGUACAUCGGCGCCCUGUUCCUGAACUCAAAGGGCGGAUGCCAGACCUGGUUGAGCCACCUGGCAACCUCCCACGGCGUCGACAUACCAGACUUGAAGGACGUAAUCACAUGGGAGGAACUAACACGGCUGUGGAAGAAGCGGUUCAUCGUGCCAUUCGUAUUCGAUGACGACGCGCGCCAGACUUUCCAAGCACUCAAGACGGCCAUGCUCAUGGCACCCAUCCUUAGCAUCUACGACCCCACUCUGCCUACGAGGGUGACGACUGAUGCUUCCGGUUACGGCAUUGGGGCAGUCUUGGAGCAGCACGACGGCGAGGAUUGGCACCCUGUGGAGUAUUUCAGCCACAAAGUGCCUCCCAUCAAUUCUCUGGAUGAUGCAAGGAAGAAGGAGCUGCUUGCGUUCGUCAUGGCUCUCAAGCGAUGGCGACACUUCCUUCUUGGGCGUCGUAGGUUCACAUGGGUCACGGACAAUAACCCAUUGACCUACUACAAGACGCAGGACACCGUGAGCAGCACGAUUGGACGGUGGAUGUACUUCAUCGACCAGUUUGACUUCACACCGAAACACGUUGACGGCCUCUCCUAUCACGCAGCAGAUGCACUUUCGCGACGACCUGAUCUUUGCGCUAUGACGCAUCACGCCUUCGCGUUCGUCGAGGACCUCCAGCGACACUUCAUCAGGGGCUAUCACAAACCCCGCAACCGCAAUCCCUAUGGCGAGUUACGCCCGAUGCCUAUCCCCCGGGAACCCGGUAUCUCCAUUGCUAUGGAUGUCACCGGUCCGUUUCCUCGAGACCGGCUCGGGCACGACGGCAUCCUCACGGUUGUGGACCGAUUGAGCAAGUACGCACGUUUUCUUCCUUGCAAGUACUACUCCACGGCUCCCGAGCUGGCACGCCUCUUGCACACCGGUUGGAUUUGUGGCCACGGCGUACCCGAGGACAUAGUCAGCGACCGCGACACUCGUUUCAUGUCGACUUUUUGGACCUCUCUCAUGCAGGAGUCCGGCACGACGAUGAAACCCAGUUCGGCUCGGCAUCCACAAACAGACGAGCAAAUGGAGCAGGCACAUCAGACCGCUCAAAUGAUGCUUCGUACGCUCAUCCGUCCGGACCAGAAGGAUUGGGUUGACCGCCUCCCCGACAUCGAGUUCGGCUACAACACUUCAGUGCACCCGGCGAUCGGUGUGACUCCAUUCGGGUUGCACCACGGUGGACGGAAAGGCCGUAUCUUCGCUGAUCUUCUCCUCCCUCGACCAGCCGACAUUGACGCCGCUUGCUCUCCCGCUUCCGUCCGGAAGUACAGGGAAUUGCUGGCUCAAGCCCGCACAAACAUGCAAAAGGCUCAAGUCCGCAUGCAGCAGCAAGCCAACAGGCGCCGCGUACCAUGUCCCAUCCGCGCCGGAGAUCGAGUUUGGGUCUCCUCGAAAGAGUUUGCAUUGGAACAGGAUGUCUCACGCAAACUACUCCCUAAGUGGUUUGGACCAUGGACAGUGACAUCAGCUGCGGGCGAUGAGCCCGUUGGCCCUUCAUUUGUGAUCGACAUUCCUGAGCAUCUGACGGUCCAUCCAGUCUUUCAUGCGUCAAAGCUGGCAACAUAUACACCAACUAAGAGCGAUGACUUCCCGGGCCGACGAUCACAGAACCCUCCUUCUAUGGUUUGUCAUCAAGAGGUUGACCGCGUCAUCUCAGAUCGCAAGUAUGGCAGCAAGCCGCGCCAGUACAAAGUUACAUUCAGAGCAUGCGAUCCCGACGACACUCGGUGGAUUUCAGGAGCAGAUUUGAAAGCGUCUGCACCGCUGAUCUACGCGCACUAUGAGCGACAGAGGUUAGCCAAGGGACCUCCACGACCUGCCCCUCCCACCCGGACUGUGGUCCCUCCCUCAGACAGACAGCUUCGCCCUCGUAGGUAAGCUCGGUCUUUCAAGGAGGGGGGGCUGUGGCAUACUGUGCAGCCACACGGGCCUUGCAGGGCCCGUCCCGGACCUCCAGCCUG